AUGCGGCUCAGAUCUUCGCCAGCCAUGAUCACAACCCUCCAGGCUGUGCUACGCGGCUUGCUUGGCCUAGCAGCACUCCAAGGCUCCACGAGAUCCUUGUCCAUGACUGCUGCCGCCGCCGCAGACCCAAGCAAUGACAACAUUACGAGCGACAGCUAUUUUUACGGGCAAUCGCCGCCGGUAUAUCCCUCUCCGGAGAUGACUGGCGGUGGCGAAUGGAAAGCCGCUUACCAAAAGGCCAAGGCACUGGUGGCUCAGAUGAGCUUAGAGGAGAAGGUGAACGUGACUGGCGGCAUUCGUCUGGACACAAGCUGCUCUGGGAAUAUCGCCCCCAACAAGCGCCUCAACUUUCCUGGCAUGUGCGUCAGCGACGCCGGCAACGGUCUGCGCAACACUGAUUUCGUCAACGCAUAUCCCGCCGGCAUUCAUGUUGGCACAAGCUGGAACAAGGAUUUGGCGCGCAGACGCGGUGCUGCCAUGGGCGGCGAAUAUCGACGGAAAGGGGUCAACAUUCUCCUGGGCCCUGUGGUUGGGCCAGCCUGGCGAGUUGUCCUAGGCGGUAGAAACUGGGAAGGCUUCUCUGCUGAACCGUACCUGUCUGGUUCUCUGGUAGCACAGACGAUUCAAGGGGUCCAGGGGGAAGGCGUGCAGACUAGUCUCAAGCAUUAUAUUGCAAACGAGCAAGAGUCGCAUCGCAUGCCGGGUGGUGAUGCCGAAGCUGUGUCGUCCAAUAUUGACGACAAGACCCUGCACGAGGUAUACUUGUGGCCCUUCCAAGAUGGAGUAAAGGCUGGCACUGGCAACAUCAUGUGCUCAUACCAACGCAUCAAUAACUCUUAUGGCUGCGCCAACAGCAAGACAUUGAAUGGCAUACUGAAAACGGAGCUUGGUUUCCAGGGUUUUGUCAUGUCUGAUUGGGACGCUCAACACGCUGGGGUCGCCACUGCAUUGGCCGGCUUGGACAUGGUGAUGCCGCGCGGUGACGGUUAUUGGGGUCAUCAUCUAGUCGAGGCUGUCAGGAAUGGUUCUGUGCCCGAGUCUCGAGUGACGGACAUGGCUACAAGGAUUCUAACCGCGUGGUAUCAGUUCGGACAGGACACUAAAUUCCCAAAACCUGGCUUUGGCAUGCCGGUCGAUGUUCGAAAACCCCACGAAUUGGUCGAAGGUCGUGAUCCGAAUGAUCGGCCGGUGCUGCUCCAAGGUGCUAUCGAGGGGCACGUACUGGUAAAGAACACCAAGGACACUCUCCCGCUCAAGUCACCUCGAGCGCUGUCGCUAUUCGGUUACUCGGCAAGAUCUGCAGACUCGCUUUCCCCCGGGCCGGGAGACAUUUAUAUCAACCUGUGGCGGUUUGGCUGGACGCCCCUCUAUCUGGAACAGGCUGUCGCAGGUUGGCUCGGUUCUGCAAGUGGCAAGGUGGCCGCCGCCGCGGCGCUCAAUGGAACCAUGAACGGAGGUGGAGGCUCUGGAGGAGUGACUCCCGCUGUAUUUGUCGCCCCAUACGACGCUCUAUCUGUCAGAGCAGCGCAAGACGACACCGCUCUGUACCACGACUUCGGGAUGCCCCAGCCGGCCGUCGUCGCAACUACCGACACAUGCAUCGUUUUCGGAAAUGCGUGGGCUAGCGAAGGCUACGACCGACCGGCACUGUCGGACAACUUCACCGACACGCUGGUCAACACCGUGGCCGAUCAAUGCAACAAGACGGUAGUGGUGCUUCACAAUGCCGGCCCGCGCAUCGUGGAUGGCUUCGUCGAUCAUCCCAACGUGACAGCCAUCAUCUUUGCCCACCUGCCAGGACGAGAUAGCGGCACGAGCCUCGUCAAGCUCCUCUACGGAGAGGCCAACCCAUCCGGCAAGCUCAGCUACACCCUUGCCAGGAAGGAAUCAGACUACGGAGCCCUGCUCGGCCCCAGCAAGCCAGAAGGCAGAUAUCAACGAUUUCCGCAGUCCGACUUUGCCGAGGGAGUGUACCUCGACUACAAGCACUUUGACAAGUACAACAUCACCCCACGGUACGAGUUCGGCUUCGGACUCAGCUACACCACCUUUGACAUGUCGAACCUGUCCGUCCGGCGCAUCGCAGACGGCAAUCAAGGCGAGUGGCCCCUGGGCGAAAUCAUUCCCGGUGGCCAGGCCGACUUGUUUGACAACAUCGCCGUGGUGACGGUGGACGUGCGCAACACGGGCGCCAUGGCUGGCGCAGAGGUACCUCAGCUGUACGUUGGUUUCCCGGGCGGCGGCAACGACAGCCCUGCCAAGCAGCUCCGCGGGUUUGACAAGCCGUCUCUCCAGCCAGGAGAGAGUAGGACCGUCGAGUUGCCGCUCACCAGGAGGGAUUUGAGCAUCUGGGAUACGACGGCGCAGAAGUGGCGGAUGCAGAGGGGCCAAUAUGACAUUUAUGUUGGGUCGAGCAGCAGAAACCUGCCUCUCAGGGACACAUUGACCUUGUAG